CCUUCCCUCGUACCCCGAGGGUCUCGCGAGCGCGCACGCGUGCGAAGCUGCGUGGGAAUGGCUGUUUGUGUGAUUGAGGGGGCGGGGCCGCUUCGAGCCAGAGUAGAGCUGGGAGAGUUUGUAAUGUCCGCCAUGUUGGCAAUGGCGUAUUGAACCGGAGAGAAACAGCGGAGCCUGGGGAAAAUAUAACCGAUAGAGAGCGACCGACAGCCGGGCCUGCCCGGUUCUGUUCGCGCUGCUAAGGACCUAACCUCGACCGGCUGACUUCCAGAGACUGUCACAGAUUCAUCCAUGAGAACUCAAGGCAGAACUGCUGUUAUUACUAGCAGAUCGAGUAGAUAUAUGCGGCAUCUUUUAUUAUAAAAAUGAGUAAGUUGUCGUUUCGGGCACGGGCGCUGGAUGCUAGUAAGCCUCUACCCAUCUUCCGCUGUGAAGAUUUGCCUGAUCUGCACGAAUAUGCCUCAAUCAAUCGGACGGUUCCGCAGAUGCCUACUGGGAUGGAAAAAGAGGAGGAAUCGGAGCACCAUCUCCAGCGGGCCAUCUCAGCGCAGCAGGUUUAUGGCGAGAAACGGGACAACAUGGUUAUCCCCGUCCCAGAGGCAGAGUGCAACAUCACGCAUUACGAGUCCCUCUACCCUGGGGAGUUCAAGAUGCCAAAGCAGCUUAUUCACAUACAGCCUUUCAGUUUGGAUGCAGAACAGCCAGACUAUGACCUCGAUUCAGAGGAUGAGACGUUUGUGAAUAAACUGAAGAAGAAAAUGGAAAUCACUGCCUUGCAGUUUGAAGAAAUGAUUGACCGCCUGGAGAAAGGCAGUGGACAGCAGCUGGUCAGUCUCCAGGAAGCCAAACUGCUGCUGAAGGAGGAUGAUGAGCUGAUCAAGGAGGUGUUUGACUACUGGAACUGCAAGAGGAAAACCUGCAAGGGCGGUUCCCUCAUCCCCAGCGUCAAACAGGAGAAGAGGGAUGGCUCUAGCACCAGCGACCCUUAUGUGGCCUUCCGGAGACGAACGGAGAAGAUGCAGACUAGAAAAAACCGGAAGAAUGACGAGGCGUCAUAUGAGAAAAUGCUGAAGCUGCGCAGGGACCUAAGCCGAGCUGUCACCAUCCUGGAGAUGAUCAAGAGGAGGGAGAAAAGCAAGAGAGAACUGCUGCACCUCACACUAGAAAUUGUGGAAAAGAGGAAUACAAUGCCUGAUUUUGGCAGUGAGGUGAUGGCAGAAGCACUGGUGCAGCAGGCUCUGGUAAAACCCAUCUAUACCAUCCCCAUCAUUCCCCUGUCCAGCAGUAACCUGUAUAGACACCAGGACCACCUGGACAUGAAGGACUACAAGAAGCCUGAGAAGAUGGAGGCAGUUCGAACCAAAAGGAAAUAUGAAAAGAAACCCAAGAUCCCUCCUCUGUCUGCACCCCAACAUUCAGGGCACUUUGUGUUCAAUCCCAAGGACCUUAACCAGUACGAUUUCCCCAGUUCAGAUGAUGAACCCUUCUCGCAGAUCCAUUCAGGUUCCUCAGAAGCUGAAGAAGAGAAUGACCCAGAUGGCUGCUAUGCAUUCAGGAGGAAGGCCGGCUGUCAGUAUUACGCUCCUCAUCCAGACCAGAGUGGCAGCUGGCCCUGGGUAAGCCCGUCAGAGGGUGGGCUUGGUGACCCUCGUUUCCGCUACUCUCUGACCUCGCUGAACAUACCACGGCACUGCGUAGGAUUUUCCCGGCGCCGCAUGGGCAGAGGGGGCAGGGUUUUGUUGGACAGAGCACACAGAGAUCUAGACAUGUGUCAGAGCCCGGACACCGACCCUAAGCCUGACCUACUCACCUCUCCGCUCUGCAACUCUAACGCCAGUACCUCAGAAACCAAUACCUCGGACCCCGCCGGCUCCUCCCACCUUCCCUCCUCUUCAUCACCCCUGUCGUCGUCAUCAUCGCCAAAACCUAUGGACCUCAGCCAGAUUCUUUUGAAUAUUACAUCUUGCCGCUGGAGGCACUUCAGACCACGGACACUACUCCAUGACCCCUUGGGUGAAGGAGACUUGUCUCGUAGAGAAUUUAGGGAUUUUAGCCGGACAGUGUCAGGACUAACACGAACCCCGUCAGGAGGAGCCAUCUCCCAUAACCGCACUGGCCCAGCCCCCACCCCUAUCAAUGCGUUCACAGCAGAGCAGUACCAGCAGCACCAGGAGCAGCUGGUCCUCAUGCAGAAACAGCAGCUGGAGCAGAGCCAACAGCAACAACACACCAACGCCCCUGCAAUGAUGACCAACACACAGGCACUUGUGUCCAAGACACUGGACCAGGCCAGCGCCCAGUUUGCUGCUUCGGCUCUCGUCACCACUGACCAGCUGCUGGGCUUCAAGUCCAAAGAGGAGCUGGUGUUGGCAAGUGGGGUCAAUGGGAUCCUGGCAGGUGCAGGGGUUUUCAAAGGCUUGCACUUGUCUAGCACCACGGCAGCCCUUCACCAGUCCAACCAGUCAACACACACUACCACCUCUGCGGCCCCAGCUUUCCUCCAACCCUCCUCAAACUCGGCUACCCCUCCGCCCACCAAUGCUGUCCCCACCUCUUUCACCUCCACCCCCAGCGCCCAUGCAGCAGCAACGCUGGGGCUCCUGGGAUGCAGCGCUGCCAACGCCAACCCCGCCGCCACUCAGGUCCUCAUUGGGAACAACAUCUGUCUGAGCGUGCCGUCGGCCGGACGCCACAUUCCCCGAACCCUCGGCAACAUGCCACCAUCUGCCUUAAAACUGUCCACCACCACCAACCUGCAAAUAUCCAAAGUCUCUGGAGCAUCGUCCAUGGACAUUGGCUCAAGGGAUAAUCACGAUGAAGAAAAGCCAGCCCUGAACAGUAUAGCAGACAACACAGUGGCCAUGGAGGUGACGUAGUAGUGGUGCAGUGAAGAGUCCACUCUGCAGGCGCUGUGCAUCGUAGCAUUGGGAAUGCAAAGGGACGGCAGGACUGACGCAGACUAGAAGAAUGAUGAGUGGCUCUGACCACUCGCUUGCAAUUCUCAUCUCGUAUUUUUUAAAUACUUUUUUUGUUACAGUUAAAAGUAAAAGAUUGAUAUCUGUAAAUUAUGAAAAUGGCAAAAUUCGUAUCUGUACAGUAACUGCAUAUUUGUAAUAUCCCCCUUGUAUAUAUUACUUGAAUACAGAAUUAUCCAUUUGUGAUGUUUUGCACUUGGGAGUCAAAGGAAAAAAAUUAAGCCAAGUAAGUGGAAAGUGUGGGAGAUGUGGGAGUUAUCUAGAGAAGAGUUUUAUCACAUCAUGUGCAUGGUGCAGAGCCUGCUGUUAUCUAUUUAUUGUGCUGUGUUUACAGGUUUUAUUUUAAUUUUUGUUCUUUUGUUUUGUUCUGUUUUUUUUUUAUUUGUACACUGUACCUUUGUUGGUUCCUGUGCUGUAGUAAGUGUUAGGUAGCUACAGACUCCUGGGUAUUUUGUAUAUUGUGAACCCCCACCCACCCACACACAAAAAAAAAAACACAUUUGUUUCAGGUCCAUGUGGUGGUUCUCUCUGUGGAGCCUGUGAAAAUGAGCGGUGACACACAUCCAGAGCAGGAGAACCAGGAGGAGUGCUGGUGGGUGCCUCCUGUAAGCUUCCAUCAACAUUGUCCCAAACACAAGUAACAAAAUGGGGAUGAAGUCUCUUCCCAGAAGCCCCUGCUGCUUCUGAUUAAAGCACUAUUUUUUGUGAUCCUUGUCUUUAUGGUUUUGAUAAAUAUCAAUGCUGCUUUUGUAUUUGGUUCCUCUCCAAAGGGGUUGUCCUUAAUUUUUAUGCGAGGACUCCCCUUUAUAUUUCUUUUGUCCCACAAACAUUUUUUUGUAAAACAAAAAUUCAGUUAUUUUUGUAUUUUCUUUUUUUAAUUCUUGUGGUUAAUGUGAUUGUAAGCGUUGUGUUUAUUGAAAGACUUCAUUCUUUUGUUAAUUUGUUACUUGUUCAUACAUAGGUGAUAAGGGAAGCGAAUGGGCAGUAAUCGCUGCACAUGUUUCAUCAUUCCAGUUUUUAAUAUCAAAAAAUGCUAAUGAAUGGAUGUAGUGGUUGUGAGAAAACAGCAGUUUUCUCCUCUUUGUAUUCUUUGUCUCUUCUUUUCUUUUAUUUUCUUUUAUGUGGGGGGGAAAAAAAGAAUCUCCAGAUGGCUGCAAGGCCAAGAGCAAGUAUUGGGUGCCUUCCUUUGGGGAAUUUUAUGUACUCUCUUCUGUGAAGAGUUAGCCACAAAGGCAGCAUUACUUAGUAGUGCUUCUCGUCUUUGUCUGAAUCUGAAUGCCCAGUCCAAUGGCAGGAGGAUAUAUCUGAGGUUUACUUGUCCCACCUGGAGGCUGGAAAGAAAGAAAAAAAAAAAAAUGUGACAGAACUCGCACUAAAAUAAGACAAUAAAGCCCAGGGCACUAAAUGUG